CCGCGAGCCGCUCAGUCUCAGCGCAGCCGCGUGUCAGGCAGCUUCGCGCGUCCUUACAGCUCUAUACUCUCGUCAGUUUUAUCAAAAGCGCAGACGCUUGUUGUUACACGCUUGUAUGCAUACACAGCAGUGAGACUCGUGGGCGCAGGGGACGUGUGCGAGGACGGACUGCAGCAUCACGAGAACCAAGAGGCAGAGGAGGAAAACGCGCGCGGCUGUAUCAAUGGGCAGGUGACCACGGAGAAUCGCGGACUUAUUGCUGAGAUUCAAGAGUGGACGAGCUUUCGUUUGGGUGGGCAAAGGUACAAACGUCUUUGGCGACGAGCGCAGGAGCCGACGUUCGUUACGAUUCAAGAAAAAAAGGCCUCGGCGAUCAGUGUCAUCGUCAGCAGCGGUGGAUCGCUGCUGCACCGGCCAGUCUUACAACAAGUACCUACGUUACCUCGCAGACACGGACACCCUUCUAGCCCCAAUAAGACAUGGAGUCGAUGGAACUGCACACAAAGAACGCGACAGACAUGCCGGACAGGCUGUCCAAGAUCGCCAGGGAGAUUCCGUUAAAAGAUGACAGCGCUGGAAACGGCAGCUCUUACGGAGCCUUCCAGUCAAAGGACCCGAUCCUGCGACUCGACAAGGAUGUCGAGGCGCGAAGUGGCGGCGACGACGGACACGGCACCGGAUCUAGUCACUCGACCUCGUACUUCGAGACCCUGAUGCAUCAUUUCAAGGGCAACGUGGGCUCGGGCAUUUUCGCUUUGGGCGACGCCUUCAAGAACGCGGGCCUGGUACUCGCGCCGCCGCUGACGAUAUUCCUCGGCGUCAUCUGCAUUCACGCCCAGCACAUCCUCCUGAACUGUAACCAGGAAGUGAGGCGGAGGCUCGGCAGUUCGCUGGAGACAAACCCCGGCUAUGCCGCGACGGUGGAGCUGUGCUUCGCCACUGGGCCACUUGCGCUGCGAAAGUAUUCAGUAUUCAUGAGAAAAUUAGUUAAUCUCUUUCUAUGCGUUACGCAACUCGGAUUUUGCUGCGUCUAUUUCGUCUUCAUUUCUUCGAACAUGCAGCAGGUAAUGAAGGUUUGGGGCGUCGACCUCGACGUGCACGUGCACAUGGUGAUAGCGCUGAUCCCGAUAUUGCUGAGCACCUGGAUACGCAACCUCAAGUUCCUAGUGCCACUAUCCUCGGUAGCGAACGCCCUUAUCAUAUCCGGAUACAUCGCUUCCAUCUACAUAAUGUGUCACGAUCUGCCGCCGGUUUCCGAACGCAGAUACAUCGCCGACUGGAGCAAGCUGCCACUGUUCUUUGGUACCGUCAUCUACUCCUUCGAGGGCAUCACACUGGUUUUGCCACUGAAGAACGAGAUGAAGAAACCAAAAAAUUUCGACAGGCCUCUGGGUGUGCUGAACGUCGGAAUGGUCAUCGUCGGCGGGAUGUUCGUCACCAUAGGUUUCUUAGCCUAUUUGAAGUAUGGUGACGAAAUUGCAGGAUCCGUCACCCUCAAUCUUGAACCUAAGGAAGACAUGUUACAGGGUGAAGGAUACACUUUCUACAACAGUCUACCUCAAUGCAUCAAACUUGCUAUAUCGCUAAGUAUCCUACUGACCUACGCUCUUCAAUUCUACGUGCCAGUUGCCAUUAUGUGGCCCGAAUUCGUGCGCCAAUUCGGCCCCUUCAACUAUCCAGUGGUAGGAGAAGUCCUGUUUAGAACUAUUCUCUGCAUAAUCACUUUCAUCCUCGCAGAAGCCAUCCCGCAGCUUGGACUCUUCAUUUCGUUGGUCGGCGCGGUGAGCAGUACCGCCUUGGCCCUUAUCUUCCCGCCAAUAAUCUCCAUCGUGAUCUGCUGGCAGAACGCGAAGCUCGACAAGAUCACUUUCAUCAAAGACAUCUUCAUCCUUACCAUCGGCUUCCUCGGCUGUUUCACCGGCACUUACGUCAGCGUUACGGAAAUUGUCCAGGCAUUUAGCGAAGGGAAAUAAGAACUGCGUAUCCUUCGAGAACGAGGAUACCAUGGUUAACUUUUUUGUUUUUGACACUGCCGAGGGGAGAGUACAGCACACGAUGUUGAAGAAUUUUUUUACAAGCGAUUAAUGAUUAAUUUGGUUGCGAAUUUUACAGCUCAGUGAUAGAGUAUGAACAAAUUGAUUUUUUUUUAAAUUACGUGAAGCGUAAAUCGCACGAACUCUCCCUUCGAAGCCACGCGUCGGAGCUUGUUUACGUUGGGUUUAAUCUCUGUAUCGAGAGCGCUAUGUGAUGCUUAGUCUAUGCUGCAGCUGUAACCACAGAUCGUGCGAUUCUAUGAUAUAGACGAUGCAGUCAAUUAAUUAUUGUUAUAGUAUAAGUAGCAUUAAUGACAUCAUUUCUGAAUUUUUUUUUUUCAUGAUUUACAUAGUUACGUUAAAAAGCCGCUCUUUUAAUACUCGUUUCCUACUCUUGAUAUAGGUACACAAAAUAUCUACAUAUGUAAAAAAUGUACAAAAAGUUUCGCUAGUGCGCAUAUUUUAACUUUAAGAUUUUUAGAUUUAUUGUCCCAGACGGGCAAACAUUACUAUAUUGUUACAGAGAGAACGUAAAAUACAAAGUUGUGUAAUGGGAGAAAACGUGAAUAUUUAUUGUUUAUAUAAAUAACUUUAAAAUAAAAAAAAUUCGAUCAACA